AUGGAAGAUAUCGCGCCGAUUGCUGUCCUCAUGGACGAACUUCGCUCAGAGGACGUCCAACUACGUUUGAACGCCAUCCACAGCAUCCCCACUAUCGCGCUUGCCCUUGGCCCUGAUCGGGCGAGGGAAGAGCUCGUAGCUUUCUUGCAAGACUCUGUCGACGAUGAGGACGAGGUUCUUCUAGCACUUGCGGAAGAGCUGGGCAGAAACUUCGAUGAGUACAUCGGUGGACCUCAGCACGCUCAUGUGCUUCUCGGUCCAUUGGAGAAUCUGUCCGCUGUUGAAGAGACGCUCGUCAGAGAAAAGGCGGCAGAAUCCAUUGCCAAAAUCUCCGAAGUGCUAUCUUCUGCCCAGGUCGAACAGUUCUACAUUCCCUUGUUGAAGCGCCUCUCGCAAGGAGAAUGGUUUACGUCCCGCACUUCCUCCGCUGCACUAUACCCAUCUGUGUAUGCCAAAGUCUCUCCAGCUCUGCAAGAAGAGUUACGCAACGGGUACGCGGCACUGGGGUCUGAUGACACCCCUAUGGUGCGGCGUGCUGCAGCAAAAUGGUUGGGGUCCCUCGUCAAGCAACUGUCCAAGCAACACGUAUUAUCGGAUGGUUUGCCAAUUUAUCGCAGACUUCAAUCGGACGAUCAAGACUCCGUUCGCUUGCUGACAGUGGAAGACCUUAUUGUGAUUGCCGAGCGCUUGACCCCUGCGGAGGUGAAGGAGCAGCUCCUCAAGCAGAUCAGGCAUAGUAUAGCCGAUAAGAGCUGGAGAGUUCGCUACAUGGCUGCUAUGCACUUCAACGAGCUGGCCGAAGCAGUAAAGAUUGAGCUUGUUAGAGAGGAGCUCAUUGGACAGUAUGUGCAACUUCUGAAAGACAACGAGGCCGAGGUCAGAACCGCAGCUGCAGGACAAAUACCCGGCUUUUCAAAGAUGCUUGACAAAGAAGUGAUAUUAGCUCGCAUCGUUCCUUGUGUGCGGGAUCUCUCCCAUGAUGCAUCGCAGCACGUCCGAGCUGCUCUGGCCAACCAGAUUAGUGGCUUGGCUCCACUUCUCGGAAAAGAAUCAACCAUCGAACACUUGUUACCCUUGUUCCUGCACCUCUUGAAGGACGAAUUCUCCGAGGUUCGUUUGAAUAUCAUCAGCAAGCUAGAGACGGUGAACUCCGUGAUUGGUAUCGAGCUUUUAUCGGAUAGCUUACUCCCUGCUAUCGUUGAGCUGGCCGAAGAUAAAUCUUGGCGUGUACGACAGGCUAUUAUCGAAUAUAUCCCUCUUCUGGCCACGCAGCUGGGAAAACCACUAUUUGACGAGCAGCUGGGAAACCUUUGCAUGUCUUGGUUGGGUGACACAGUCUUCAGCAUUCGCGAGGCGGCAACUGUCAACCUCAAGAAGCUAACAGAGGCUUUCGGUGUCGAGUGGGCGAGGGUUGCCAUUGUCCCAAAGGUCAUGGGGAUGGGCCAGCACCCAAACUAUCUAUACCGAAUGACCACUGUACAAGCCAUCACGGUUAUCUCUCCUUCUCUGGAUUUAGCCGUGAUCCAGAGUGACAUCAUUGGACCAUUACUUCAGCUAGCAGCAGAUCCGAUCCCAAAUAUCCGCUUCAACGUAGCCAAAGCCUUGGAAACGUUAGCUACCACUUUUGGUAGCUCUCCCGAGGGCCAACAGAUUGUCCAAUCUAAGAUAAUACCUGCGUUGGAGCAGCAAAAGACCGAUUCUGACGCCGAUGUACGCUACUUCUCUUCCAGGGCGCUGUCGAAAGCAACGUCCGUAGUGGGUGCGUGA